AUGGGAUGUUUCGAAUCAAAAAAAAGAAAUAGAAUUGUGGCUAUGUAAACUAUGAACAAAGAUUAAGUAUUCACAUCAACAGCUGAUAUCCAUCAAUUAUAUAACUUUGGGAAAGUGCUUGGAGUUGGCUCAUUUGGAAAAGUGUUAUUAGCAAAAAUGAAACAGAACUCUGAAAAACAAUACGCUAUUAAAGUAAUUGAUAAAAGGAGAGUUAAAGGUAAAGAGGCAUUACUUGCUAAUGAAAUUUUUGUGUUACAAUAGCUUGAUCAUCCUAAUAUUAUCAAAUUUUAUGAAGUUUAUUAGAGUCCUUUAUAUUUCUAUAUUUGUAUGGAUUAUUGUUAAGGGGGUGAACUUGUUGAAAGAAUAGCCAAAUAAUAAUCGACUCUAUCUGAAGGUUAAGUAUAAACCAUCAUACAAAAGAUCUGUUCAGCCAUUGUUUACAUUCAUGAUUUAGGAUUGGUACAUCGUGAUAUCAAGCCUGAGAACAUUAUGUUUAGCGAGAAGGAUGUAUAUUCGGAACCAAAGUUGAUUGAUUUUGGGUUGGCAAAUAAGUACGACACUACUCACAUUAAACGAUUGAAAACAUUUGUUGGAACUCCCCUCUACUUACCUCCUGAAGUGAUUGAUGGGGAAUAUGAUGAAAAAUGUGAUGUAUGGAGUUUAGGAGUUAUGCUAUUUAGUUUGUUAUGUGGCUACCCACCUUUCUAUGGCAAAAACAGAGCCUAAUUAUAUGAAAACAUCAAAACACAAACUCUUAUAUUCGAUAGACGUCAUUGGAGGAACAUCAGUGAAUAAGCUAAGGAUCUAAUAUAAAAGAUGCUUAUGAAAACUCCUAAAAAGAGAUUGUCAGCCAGAGAAUGUCUUAAACAUCCUUGGUUUGAAAUACAAUUUCAGAAUAUAAAAACUCAUGAGGAUAAUAGAACUAUUUAUUAAAUGCUCAAAAUGUUUAGAGGAGGAGCCAAAUUCAAAAAAGAAGUCACCAAAGUUCUCAUCAAUUAAAUGAAUGAGAAAGAAUUACAUCAUCUUAAGCAGGUCUUCCAAAAAAUAGAUGUAGACAAUUCUGGUACUAUAACUAUUGAAGAAUUAAGAGAAGCACUUUAAUAAGAGGGAUCUCCUGCGUCAUUAGAAGAAAUAGAAUAAAUUAUAUAGACUAUAGUCUUGGAAGAUGAUGAAGAGAAUAACAACUUAGAAAUGGACAAAGAACCCUCCCCUCUUGUCAUCAAAUAUACAGACUUUUUGGCUGCAUGUAUUGAUGAAAGAAAAGUAUUAACAAGGGAAAAGUUAUGGUCUCUGUUUAAGUAUUUCGACACUUUAGAUGUCAAUUAUAUAACUAAAGAAGAUAUUAAGGAAGCCUUAGCAAGACAUGGAAGAUAGAUGUCAGAUGAGAAAAUCGAUUAGAUGAUUUAUGAAAUUGAUCCUAAUCAUGAUAAUAAAAUAAGCUUUGAUGAAUUCAUUUAAAUGAUGGGAGUAGCUGGCAUUGAACAAACUAUGAAUAUUAGGGAUGAAGUUAAAGAAGUGGAAAUUUAAAGUUGA